CUUCCGCUCUGGGCAUCUCUCUUCAACUCAAUCUGUCCCAAUUUGAACAUCUACUCCUGUAAUCUUAAUCCUCUAUCCCAGACGACUGCUGACCGACACACGCAAUGGGCCCCACUAGACCAAUCCUCGCCAUCUUGUCACUCAUCCUCGUUGGCGGUGCCGUGCUUCUGCAAUUCUUCACCAUUCUGACCGGUGGUGUGAAUUCCGCGCCCUUGAACAAGUUCUACUUCCUCGAAGCCUCCACCAAUGGCAUCCCCAAUGCACGUAACCCAUCGCGAUGGACCUUUUUCGCCAUCUGCGGAGAGGAGAAUGGUCUGAAUGCAAACUGUGGUGCUUCUGUCCCUGCACUUCCAUUUGACCCUCCACGCAACUUCGGCACUCAGACCGGCAUACCAGAGCAGUUCAUUGGCACCCACCAGUACUAUUACCUUUCUCGAUUCAUGUUCGCUUUCUACCUGAUUGCCCUGUUUUUCGGUGCCGUCGCUCUCCUUACAGGCCUUCUUGCUCUCGUCAGCCGUCUAGGUGGCUACAUCUCUUCCAUGACCACUUUUAUUGCUCUUUUCUUCCAGGCUCUGGCUGCAACCUUGAUGACGGUCUGGGUUGUAAAGGGACGCGAUGCUUUCCGUUCAGCCGGCUUUGAAGCCCACAUUGGUCGCUACCUCAUGGGGUUUGCUUGGGCCUCGACGGCGUGCUUCUUCCUGGCCACAAUCUUUUUCUGCCUUGGUGGACGUCUUGGUGGUGACCGCACCUCUUCCGUGCGCCGAACGCGUUCGACAAAGUCGAACCGCAGUCGGGGCAGCUUCAUUGACACCGAGUCGCAGAGGAAGGUUCGCGAGUACUCCCCUUAAGUUCUUCGCAAGAAUAUGACAAGGCGGAUCAACUGUUGUUGAAGAAGUGUGCGGAGAGUAUAUAUGAUAUCCACGACAUAGUUGCUAUGUACGAAUAGUGUUUUGUAACACGCACCACGCGCAACAGGAACCACCCAGCGCUCUUUUCAAAUAUAUAAUGACCAGCAAGCAAGUAAUUAAUCGGCUCC